AUGCCACUACCAUAUCCUCUGAUGGCUGUACUGAUCCUUCAGCUUUCAACAAAUGUCUCAAUAGCGCUACAACAACAGAAGCCAAAUGUAUCAGUGAAGCGGGCACAAACGAUGACUCGCGAAUUUGAGUGCCAGUGCUGUGCUUUCAGCGCUGCCGUUUCUUCGUAUGAUAUCCGAAAUCUAUGGAUCCGAAGCAAUAUUAACCGAGAUAAUAGAUACUACGGUGUUUGUCCCACCACAGAUCCCUCCGAGCUAGGACUAGAUACAGUUAUCAAAGAAAUUCAGGAGUAUGCAACUUCCGUCACUGGAACCUGCUCUAAUCUGGAUUCUACUACUUGCUUGGAAAAGUUUAAUAUCUCAUCCCCAGAUGGUAGCACAUAUGUGAACCCUGCGGACCUACCAACGGGUGGCACAGAAAAACUGAGUACAACUACGGGUGUGGGCUACCCUUUGACAUCACCCCCAGGCGGAGAGACUAUGACGGUUGUCAUUUUUAGCGCCACAUAUACCGUAACCGCUGCGCCUUACAAUGCAAAGAAUGUGGCCGCUACAAGCUCUACAGGUUCAAUAAAUACUGCUACGACUGGUAUCACCGCUAGUUCGACCAGUACUGGGAGCAAGAAGAGUUUGGGCAUUUCUGCAUUCAAUGUGCCCUCCAUUGAGGUUUAUGGAGUUCUGCUUUUUGUGGCUUUUAUGGUUGGUCUGUAA